AUGGCUGCUCCACAAAUUCCAAAGACCAUGAAGGCCUGCGUGUUCGACAAGAACGGCGGCCCAAUUGUGUACAAAGAAGUCCCAGUUCCAAAGCCAAAGUCAAACGAGCUUUUGAUCCACGUUCUCUACACUGGUGUGUGCCACACUGACUUGCACGCAUGGAAAGGAGACUGGCCUCUACCAGUUAAGCUUCCAUUGAUCGGAGGUCACGAAGGUGCCGGUGUCGUUGUUGCCAUGGGUUCUGAGGUUAAGAACUGGAAGAUCGGUGACUUUGCCGGUAUCAAGUGGUUGAACGGCUCAUGCAUGAGUUGUGAAUUCUGCAUGCAGGGUGCCGAGCCAAACUGCCCAAUGGCAGAUCUCUCUGGUUACACCCACGAUGGUUCUUUCGCCCAGUACGCUACUGCUGAUGCCGUCCAGGCCGCUCGUAUUAGACAGACCACCAAGUUGGACGAGGUUGCUCCAAUUCUCUGUGCCGGUGUUACUGUCUACAAGGCUUUGAAGACUGCUGACUUGAGACCAGGUCAGUGGGUUGCCAUUUCCGGUGCUGGUGGUGGUUUGGGUUCCCUUGCCAUCCAGUACGCUAAGGCCAUGGGUCUUAGAGUGUUGGCCAUCGAUGGUGGUGACGACAAGGCUAAGCUCUGUACCGACUUGGGUGCUGAGGUCUUCGUUGACUUCACCAAGAGCAAGGACAUCAUCAAGGAUGUUGUUGCUGCCACCCACGGUGGUCCACACGGUGUCAUUAACGUCUCUGUGUCUGAGAGAGCCAUUUCCCAGUCUACCGAGUACGUCAGAGCUCUUGGUAAGGUUGUUCUUGUUGGUUUGCCAGCAGGUGCCGUCUGCAAGUCCGCCGUCUUCAACCAGGUCGUCAAGUCUAUUGAGAUCAAGGGUUCUUACGUCGGUAACAGAGAGGACACUGCUGAGGCUUUGGACUUCUUCGAGAGAGGUUUGGUCCAUUCUCCAUUCAAGGUUGCUCCACUUUCCACAUUGCCUGAUGUCUUCAAGCGGAUGGCUGAGGGUAAGAUCUUGGGAAGAUAUGUCUUGGACACUAACAACUAA